ACUAGUUCAAACAUCUCAUUGACAAAAACCCCUUUCUCUAAAAACACCAUGAAAGCAUCUUUCAUCUCACCAUUUCUAUGGCCAUUCUUGUUCAAAAAACUCACUUUUUCUUUUCUUUAAUUUUCAUUUUUUCCCUUUCUUUCCAACCCAUUUCUUCACUUUCCACUAUUGCCAUUUCCAAAACUUCUAAUCAAACAUUAGUUUGUGCAUUGAUUUCCUCUUCCUUAUAUCCCCAAGAAUCAUCUCUCAAUUGUACUAGUUUCCCUCAGGGUAUUCAAAUCCCUUUAAACCCUUCUGUUUCCUUUACUGGAAUUGUGGGUGGAAUUGGUUUCCUUUGUGGGUUAACCUCUUCUUCUAAUUCAAUCAUGGUGUGUUGGAGGUUUUCAAAUAAUGGGACUGAUUUGAAUUAUAAAAGGGUUUAUAUUGGCCCAUUGCUUACAAAUCUUGAUUCUGGAAAUUCCCAUGUUUGUGGAAUUGUUAAUGGAACCAAUAGGCUUCAGUGUUGGCAGUGGCAUGAAUUCAGUUCAUCAAAUAACAGUUUGAUAACUUCAAAUCUUGCUGUUGGAGAAGAUUUUGUUUGUGGGUUGUUGCCAUCGGGUCAAAUUCAAUGUCUAGGAAGCUUUAGAAAUGUUAUUGAUGUUGUUCCUUCAGGGAAUUACAGUGAAAUUGCAGCUGGUUCUCAAUAUGCUUGUGCCAUCUCCAUGAAUGGUAGUUUGGCUUGUUGGGGAAAUAUGGUAGUAGAAAAGCCUGUUGACCAAUUCAAGUCUCUUGCUUUAGGUGAUACUAGGGGUUGUGGUUUGAGGGUUAAUGGGAAAGUGGUUUGCUGGGGUGAAAAUGGUUUUAGUCUCCCUUCAACUUUGAGUGAUAUAUCUUUUGAAACAUUAGAAGCAAAACAAGAUAUUUUUUGUGGCAUUGCCACCUCAAAUUAUUCAUUGUUCUGUUGGGGAAAUGAGAUUUUCAAUUCAAAUCCAGUAGUCUUUGAAGAAGUUGUUCCAGGACCAUGUACCAUUUCAUGUCCUUGUGCACCUUUAGAUAACUAUGCUAAGUUUUGUGCUCAAGAACUAAUGAUAUGUGAACAUUGUGUUUGGCCAGGAUUUGGUCAGAAUCCCCCAAUUGUUAACGGGUCAGGUCCUUCGCCACCGUCAGUAUCCCCACAGCCAACGCCAAUGCCAUCUCAGUGGAAUACGAGAAAUGUGGCAUUUCUAGUGGUAGGUUGUGUUGGGUCCUUAAUGAUGUUGAGUGUUCUUGUUAUAAUGUUUCUCAAGUAUUGCAAAAUUAGAGGAUGCAGAGUACACGACUCUGGCCGCCUUGAUGAGGUCGGGACACCUCCACAGCAAGGCAGCCAGGCAUCUCAAGUUCAAGAUCAAUUAGGUCCUCAUCCAUCGAUCUUGGAAAAAAGACCAAGUAAAUUCCUUAGCAUGGGAAAUGGGGGUCACUUAGAAGAAUUUUCCUUGCAAGUGUUACUUCUAGUGACGAAUAACUUCUCCGAAGAGCACAAAAUCGGGACAGGAAGUUUUGGAUCUGUUUAUCAUGCUACAUUAGACGACGGUCGCGAAGUAGCCAUAAAAAGGGCAGAGGCUUCAGCCUCAUCUUCCUAUGCUGGUGGUUCAAAGUAUAGACAAGAGGACAAAGACAGUGCAUUCCUCAAUGAGCUAGACUUCUUGUCACGACUCAAUCACAAGAACCUCGUUACACUAUUUGGCUAUUGUGAAGACAACAACGAACGUGUCUUGGUUUUCGAGUACAUGAACAAUGGCACUCUCCAUGACCAUCUCCACAAGCUUGAGACCUCAUCACUAAUAUCAUGGACUGCUAGGAUCAAGGUAGCAUUGGACGCAGCCCGUGGGAUCGAGUACCUCCACGAGUACGCAGUCCCAGCUGUCAUCCACCGAGACAUCAAGUCAUCCAACAUAUUGCUCGACACCAAUGGGAACGCCAAGGUGUCUGAUUUCGGACUGUCCCUAAUGGGACCACAAGAGGACGAAUCACACCUUUCUUUGCGUGCAGCGGGGACGGUGGGUUACAUGGACCCUGAGUACUACAGAUUGCAACAACUGACAACAAAAAGUGAUGUGUAUAGUUUUGGAGUAAUGAUGCUAGAGUUGUUGUCAGGUUACAAGGCGAUUCACAAGAAUGAGAAUGGUGUACCAAGGAAUGUGGUUGAUUUUGUCGUGCCAUACAUAGUACAAGAUGAGAUUCAUAGAGUGUUGGAUGGUAGAGUACCACCACCAACACCAUUUGAGAUAGAGGCAGUGUCAUAUGUAGGUUAUCUUGCAGCUGAUUGUACUACAUUAGAAGGUAGAGAUCGACCAACAAUGACUGAAAUUGUAAAUAACCUUGAAAGAGCCUUGCAAGCAUGUUUGACAACUCCAAAUUUCUCUCGAUCCAACACCGAUUCAUCCACAUAAUCAUAUCAUUACUUGGCUUUGGAUUGUGUAUAUUGUAAUUACAACAUUUUUCUUAUUUGUAUUUAA